AUGCGGCUUACAAACGCUACUAGACUAAGAGAUUUAAGAUUUACGCUACUUGGGAUUCCUGGACUAGAGACGUAUCACAUGAUCUUCUCCGUUCCCAUGCUUUGCAUGUUCAUCUGUGCUCUUAUUGGAAAUUGUAUAAUUAUUUCAGUAAUCAUGUGUGACCAGGCUCUUCAUGCUCCUAUGUAUUUUUUUCUUUACAUGUUGGCACUCACUGACCUUUUUCUUUCUCUCACAAUUGCACCAAAAAUGCUCAUUACCUUUUGGUUUAAUGCCAGCGAAAUUCAUUUCAUAGCCUGUUUAAUUCAGAUGUUUUUUGUUCAGUUUCUAACAAUUAUGGAAUCUGGAAUUCUAUCAACCAUGGCAUUGGAUCGCUAUGUAGCAAUAUGCCAUCCUCUGAGAUACGCCUCCAUUCUCACAGGCCAACGGAUAGCUGGUAUUGGUGUUAUUCUAAUUGUAAGAGCAGUUGUUGUUGUAAGUCCUUGCUUUUUCCUAAUUAUCAGAUUACCUUUUUGUAAAAAAUAUGGCAUUGCUCAAUCGUACUGUGAUCACAUGGCCAUAGCUAGACUGGCUUGUGCUGACACAACCAUCAAUAGUAUGUAUGGAUUAAUUCUUGUUAUCAUAAUAAGUUCAUAUGACAUUUCCUGCAUUUGCUUAUCAUAUAUAUGGAUACUCAACGCUGUGUUAAAGCUCUCAACAAAGUCUAAACAAAGCAAGGCAUUCAGUACUUGUACCUCACAUGUGUGUGUCAUGUCUCUCUUCUAUAUUCCUGGGUUAUUCUCCCUCUUGGCCAACAGAAUUGGUGACAGCGUACCCCAUUCAUUGCACUCAGUGCUGUCUAUGCUUUACCUACUCAUGCCGCCAUCACUAAAUCCCAUCGUUUACGGUGUGAGGACCAAACAGAUUAGGACAAAUGUUAUCAAAUUUAUAACUGGAAAAUAA